GGAUGCGCGUUAUUUUCUGACGCCAGAAUAUGGCGCACAAUUAACCACACAAGUAUUCAACUUUAGUACAAAAUAUCUAUUUCAGUUCCACUCGAAUCGUGGUAUUUACAAAUACAUUAAUUUCCUAUUGAUCGCUACUAUCGUAAUCUAUGGACAUCCGACCGAUUAUUUCGACGGAAUCGUGAGUAAAGAUGUCAAGAGCUGCAGAAAAAGAAGCGAGUGAGGUUCUUCAUUCUUUAUUAUCAGUGGAACGUAUUGAAAAACAAGAACACACGGAAACUUUUCAAACAAAUGGAACAAACGGAGAGACUGCAGAAGCAGAAACACAAAUUCAAUGGCAUACCCCAGUUUCAAUUGCUGGGCACAACAUUUUUUCUUCGAUCGAUGGGGCAACUCAGUUUUCACAAACGAUUGAUAAUCAACAGGUAAUUUGGGAGGAACAUACAAUGGAAACCGAACACCAUAUAAAUUCAAUAUACGCAACGACGAUGCAAACUACGAGUGCUGAUGAUGAUCAACUUCAAGAAUCGGAACCGGUAAAGAAAAAAUUAAAGCCGGCCUCGAAAUUGUUGGUAAAAAAAUUGAAAGUGAUUAAAAAGAAAAAGAAAUUUCUGCCGUUAGAAGGAUCGAUGGAGCCGACUAAAUUAGAAGAGAGCGCUACGCAGGUAAAAGAACGUUUUAGACGUGGUUGUGAGUGUCAGGACGAAAGUUGUUUUCGUGGUUUAAAUCCCGACAGCGUUUAUAAACACCGAUUAAACAUAGCCGAAUUAACAAAAGGCGAACAUGACAUGUAUUUAAUGGGUGUUACAAUGGCGUGUUUGGCGAAUCCCGAUACAACGGUCCGGCAUAAAGAACGACGACGUCUUCGAUCGCAAUACGUUUAUCAAGGUAGACGGGUUUGCCUCGAUGCGUUUUUAUACUUAGAAAAUUGUACUCAUUAUCAGUUGAAACGAAUUCGAAAACACGUAAUGACGCAUGGUGUAGCACCUCGAGUACACGGUAAUCAUGGUAAAAAACCCCACAACACCUUUUCUUUAGAUAUUUAUAGACAUGCUACAGAAUUUUUAAAACAAUACCUCGAACAACACACAAACGAAGCAAACGUUAGUAAUUCGAAACAAAUCAUUCAAUUACCAUGGGAUAUAACGCGUAAAAAUGUACAUGAUGCGUACAAAGAGUACGGAGAAGUAACUGAUCCUGGAAUUAAAUUAAUGGGUUAUUCAACAUUUCGACAUUUUAUGAAAGAACAAUUUCCUCAUGUGAAAUUUUCUAAAGUUGAACUUAAAAAUGCUGCCGGUCAACAACACCAACAACAACAAACGUUGCAACAAACUCCUCAAACGGACUCUAAUCAAACCACUACAAUACAAAUACAGCAAAUACCUAAACAACAAUUACAAACGAAUGUUGAAAGACCGCGUGAACAACAACUUCCGAAAUGUAUUAUUAAUCAGGAUGUACAACAAGUUAUUCCAUUAGUUGUGGCUCCUCCGCAUGGUGAUGCUGGAGGUGGUCAACAUCAUCAGCAAGCGACAUUUUUGGUUACGCCCGUCCAACAAUUGUUACCUAACGGGAAUAUUGUUACCGCUACACAGACCAAUAACCAUGCCACUUCGAAUACAUUUUCGUAUCAACUAGCGAAUACGGGAUAUGUGAUAAAUGAACACCAUACACCGUAUGCGUUUAAUCGUAUGUAAGUAUUUUUUUUUGUUUAUUAAUUACACCUCAAAUUGAAUUUAGUUUUUA